GUUCAAAAAAAAAAAAAUUUAAAUGCAAAUGACGGCAUCGAUAUCAUUCCCGGAUGUUUAUUUUAUUUUAUUUUAUUUUACUUUUAAUUUUAUAUCUACAGUACAUGUUUAAUUGUUUUCAUUUCCUGGCGUUCCUUUUCCGCUACGGGUGGGCUCCUUCCCCAACUUCUUCCUUCUCUCCCUCACUUAAUUGUCUUCUCUCUCUCUCUCUCUCUCUUUUCUUAUCUCAUGUUUUCACGCGCAUUAUAAAGUAGGGCUGUGAAGACUCUUUUGGAGGAGAAGUGGAGGGAAAGAGCGCCGACGAUAGUUUACAAAAUUAACAAAAUAAAC